AUGGCAGAAGCUAUUUUUAAACAUCAAGUUAAAGAACAAGGCUAUGAAAAAUAUUUCAAAUUAAUUGAUUCAUUUGGUACUAGUGGAUGGCAUAUUGGAGACUCUCCAGAUUCAAGAUCAGCUAAAACAUGUAGAAGACAUGGAGUUCCAGUUUCACAUUCUGCACAACAAAUUUCAUCAAAUGAUUUUAAAAAUUUUGAUUAUAUUAUAGGAAUGGACAAAAGUAAUUUACAAGAUUUAAAAUUCAUGAAACCUGAAAAUUCAAAUGUAAUAGUGGAAAUAUUUGGUCAUUGGAAUACACCAAAUUCUCAAUAUCAAGACAUAGUUGAUGAUCCGUAUUAUGGAGGUAUUGAUGGAUUUGAAUAUAAUUUUAAUCAAAUAUGUCAUUUUACCAAUGAAUUUUUAAAAAGAGAAAUUGGAGUAUUAGAAUAG